AUGGUGAAGCUUCGGACAAGCACUGUGGCGCCUGACAAGGCAAAGCUUACAGAAGACAAUCUCCCUGAUCAGACAGGAAAGGUCUUCAUCGUUACCGGCGCCUCCAGCGGUGUUGGUAAAGAACUCACGAGAAUUUUAUACCAGCACAAUGCCAAGGUAUGGCUCGCAGCAAGGUCUGAGUCUCGGACUAUGGAGGCUAUAGAGGACAUCAAGAGCUCCCAUCCUAGCUCUAGAGGCCAACUGGCAUUCCUUAGCCUUCAACUAGACGACCUGUCGACGAUUAAAGCUUCCGCAGAGGAGUUCCUCUCUAAGGAGUCCCGUCUCGACGUUUUAUGGAACAACGCGGGCGUCAUGCAUCCACCAGAGGGCUCAGAAACUGUUCAAGGCUAUGAGCUCCAGCUUGGUACUAAUGUUCUUGGCCACUUUCUCUUCGUCCGAUUCCUGACCCCAAUUCUACGACAAACAGCCGAAACGGCGCCUCGUCACACGGUCCGAGUGGUUUGGGUUUCUUCCAUGGCUGCUGAUUUUGCCCCUUGCCCAGCGAUUGAUUUUAACAACAUGGAUUACCACAAAGAUGAAAGUAUUUCUCAAAAGUAUGGCCGAUCCAAGGCAGGAAACUUGCUCCACGCAGCCGAGUUCGCCCGGCUUCAGCAGAGUGCAGGUAUUGUUAGCACGUCUUUGAACCCGGGACUGCUCCAGACGAAUUUGCAGCGGAACUUCUCCGCCACGCAGGCGGCCUUUGUUAAAAUGGCGGGAAGCCCUGCCAAGUACGGAGCUUACACCGAAUUGUUUGCUGGACUUGACUCUUCCAUAACACCCGAGGAUCUAUGGAUCACACCAUUUGGAAGGAAGGCAGAGCCACGUCGAGAUCUCGUGGACCCUGAACUUGGUCGCAAAUACUGGGAGUGGAGCGAGGUUCAAGUACGGCCCUUUUUGUAA